AUGGAAACAAGUCAAUCUUUUUCAAGUCUGGAGGUACCCACUAUCGGCAGUGCUCCUCAAGUUCUCUCCACAAUCACUGCUUCCACUGCUUACUCUCCACCAAAACAACCUAAUGAAGGUCUGAGCACUAUGUUUGAGACUGGUGGCUCAUCAUCAAUUCUAGAAUAUUCUCCCGCCAGACCUUCAUUAGAUGAAGCUUCUAUAAGGCUGGUAAAACACCUGGCCCAACACAAUCCAACCUCCUCUUAUAGCAAAGGAAUAUUAUUUAUAGAGGAGUGUGCAGGUGAUGACAAAUCUUCCACUUCUGAUCUUCGUGAAGAAAUCGAGGAUGAGGAGAAAACAAAACAGAUUAAAGAUCUACAGACGAAUCUUGGUUUAGUAACAGCUAGUUACUUCAACUUAAAGAACGUUGAGUAUGACGCUUUUGGUGAAAAAGUCAAGGCUCUUUUUCAACAGCCACAUGGAGUCGAUGAUCCUCCCACAACCCCCACACAGUCUGUCUCUGAAGACUUUCCAGUCGAUCCACCUGCUCGAAGAACAACCACUACUGUCAAUAGAUUUGGAAAGGAGCCAGAGGGAAGCAGAGCUAGAAUAACAAUCAAACAGGGCAAGAGAACCAUAACAACCAACAAACGUGAUGGUUUACUAUUCAUGAAAAAUUGA